GCCUGCUCACCCUGAGCCAUGCUCAAAAUGGAGGGCGUUUGGGAAUCCCUCCUGGACAGAAGGAGGAUGAAAUGUAGGACAUGGCUUGGGAAAAGGAGGACGCUUAGUCACAAUGAAGGUAAAAAACCCCUCUAAAUGUAAGUGUAGAAAUGUAAAGCCAUGCUUCUAAGUCCCGCUCAAAAUGGAGGGAGAGGAGGAGGAGGAGGAGGAGGAGGAGGCUGAAGGACGGAGGAAGGCGGGCCUGGGGGCGGAGCCAGGGGCGGAGCCAGGGGCGGGAGGGUCGGCCCCCUCUGUCCCUGGCCCUCCGCCUGGAAGGAACUGUUCUGCCUCCUUGGUGCUGACUGAGGCCGGGCUCCUCGCUGGCCUUCCAAGAUGGCGGCCCCUCCUGCUCUCCCUCCGGGGCCUUGAGAGCCUCCUUCUGCCUGGUUCCCUGGUGCAGAGGCGCCAUGGCCCGGAGGAGGAGGAGGGGGCUGCCCUUCCUCCUCCUCUUCUCCUUCUCCUUCUCCCUCUUCUUCCUCCCGGGGGCCUCUGGGGAGGCCAGGCUCUCUUCUCCUCCGGGGCUGGGCUCCCUGCUGGAGGAGUUCCGGCGCCAGCAGCCCCCUGGCGGAGCGGAGGAGCCCCCGGCCCCGGCCCACCAGGACCAGGAGCCCGGCUGCGGAGGGGCGCCGGGGGGCUUCUUCUGGUCCCGCCCGGGAGCCAUCAUCCGGACCCGGGACUCCCUGGCCCUGGGCGCCACCUUCCUGGGCUCCCCUCCGGGGCCGGUUUCCGGGGCCAGGGCCUGCCUCGACGCCUGCUGCGCCCGAAGGGGCUGCUCCGUCGCCGUCCUCCAAGAGGGAGAAGGGGAAGGGCCCCUCCUCCGCCCCCGAUGCUUCCUCUUCAACUGCAGCGCCGCCGCCUCCGGCCCCCGCCCCAAGGGCCCCGUCUGCCUCUUCGCCCCCCAAGAGGGAUACGCCAGCUACGGACUCCGCGGAGGGAAGGAAGCAGGGCCCCACCGAGACAGCGCCGAAACUGAUGAGCCUCCCCUCAGCAAACCUGGUAAAGAUGUUAUGCUUCAGUUGCCUGUUGACUGGGUGAUUCUUGAUGGCCGAGAAAGUAUGGAUGACCAUGGAAUCAUACAGUAUGAAUGGACUUUGCUUCAGGGUCCCCCGUCAUUUGACAUGAAGGUGCCUCAGCCAGGAACUCUGAAGCUGUCUCAUUUGCAGGAAGGUAAAUACAUCUUACAGUUGACUGUGACUGACACUGCUGGCCAAAGGAGCUCAGAUAAUGUCUCAGUGACGGUACUUCCAAUGGUUCACUCCAGAUUAGGAUGUCUUGGGGUUUGUUCACGCUACCAGUUCCUCUGUGAUGAUGGCUGCUGUAUUGAUAUCACCUAUGCCUGUGAUGGAGUGGAGCACUGUCCUGAUGGAUCUGAUGAAGCUUUUUGUCAGAAACUUGAUAUGGGACCAAAGACAAUAAGUCAUACAGCCAUUAGCUCUCUUCAGCAAAAUAACAUCGGAUUAAAUAAAGACGCCAACAAGGAACUUGCAUUUGAAAUCACCCAAAAAACUGCUGAAAACUCUCAAACAGCCAAAACAGACAAGCUUGAGCAAUCACCCUCUCAGGGACCAAAGAAACAAACUGCUGGAUUUAUACCAGAGCAAUGCUUGAUGCGCCCUGAUGCUGGCCCAUGUAAUGGACACUUCCCUCGCUGGCAUUUUGAUGAGUUUUCGGGGACUUGUAUACAUUUCAUCUAUGGUGGUUGCAAAGGCAAUGAAAACAAUUUCCUUCAAGAAUCUGACUGCCUUACUGGAUGUGUAAAAGUUCAUGAGUCUAGAACCUCAGGGAAAGGCACAGAUGAUAAGGAUGAAACUGACAUUGCAUUGUUAAAGGGCACUAAAACUGAAAAAAGCCAUCCAGUUCCAGAAGCAGGUGCAGUACUGCCAUUGGCUUUGGGGCUGGCCAUCACUACUUUGCUGCUGCUCAUGGUAGCUUGUCGAUUGCGUUUAGUGCGACAGAAACUUAAGAAAGCACGGCCCAUUAUGUCAGAGGAAUCAGAUUACCUCAUAAAUGGGAUGUAUCUGUAAAGCAGGAUUCAGGUUACUUCCUUUCUCUCAAGCUUUCCAAAAUGAAAGUGUGCCUCUUUCAUCAUUUUUGACAAUGAAAAACUCAUGUUUAAGAUGAAGAAGCAUCAACUACUUUCUGUAAAUUUCUUUUGAGAUCUGUGGUAGAGUAAGUGCAUAUAUGUGCAACAGCAUACUGAGUUGCUUCCCUGCAGAGUUCUAGGACUAGCUUGAUUGGCAGUAAGAUGAGUACCAAAUUUAUUAUUUGUCACAGAAACAUCUUACAGUAUUGCAAUUUCAGGUAUGCAGGGUCAUGCCACUUGAUCUUCCUCUGUGGUUUCUGAAAUGUCUUUCGAACUCCUAAACCUGCUGCCCUCUCUUUACGCACCAUAUUUACCCAAUUCCGUUUUGUAAAAUAGCUUUGUGCAAUGUUACAACACCAAUACUGGUGUCAAUUUCUGGAAUGGUUAUGCCAUGUCACUGUACCAGUGUAAGCACUGAUAUCAUGGUGCCAGUAACUGGAAUACAUCAGGCUGUGGACUAUUCCAUCAGUCAUAUUAAUCAGGGGUGAGAAUUGUUGGAGUGCAACUCCCAUUAGCCCUAAUCAGCAUAGCCACUGGAAUAUUGGGAGUUUUAGUUCUGCAAUAUCUGAAAUGCACAACUCCCAUAGUGGUACUAGAUUCUGAUUAUUUGCUAUUGCAUUGGCUCACAGGGUCAGGUGUUAAGUGAGAAAGUACUCCCCCUCCUUUCUUCCCAUAAGGAUGUUUCCUUACUAAUUUAGUUCUUUACAGGAUUUAUUUUUUUUAAAUUACUUGGCUUGGGCGCUGCAUGGAUGGGUGUUUGAGGUGCCCUCGUCAUGUACGAGGGCUGCCUGGUGGGUGGAGCGCCCACACGCCUGGCAGCCCUCGCACGUGAUGAGAGCACCACAGCUGUAGCACACCUGCCAGACGCGGCGCAUUACAGUUACGUCACAGCUGUGCAGCCUCCAAAUGGAGCUGCGCAGCUGCGAUGCAACCACCCUGUCUCUGGCGCUUUGCGUGCCACAAAAAGGAGCCAUCUUUUCAGGCUUUUUUCCUGCGCAGCAGCGCCGCGCAAUUUGUAUGAUGCGGCACUCCUGUGCAGGAAAGACAGGCACCGAGGAGGCACCUCUUUUUGGUGGUAUGUAUCCCGCCAUGGUUAUCAGUUCAAGAUGUGUCCAAAUGGAAGUUAUGUUACUGUUUGUAGAAACUGCUGAAUUUAGGAAGUUGCUACAACAGGAUAUUUUGGCCUAAAUCCAACUGAAUCUAUCAGGCUUACAUAAAUGUUGACUUACUAUUCACAGCUGGGAGUUGGGUUUAGACCUCAGUUUGUAACCUCUCAUUUAAACUUACAUGUCCAGAGGCCCUAGUCAGACUAGAACGUGGCCUAGUUAAAUUAUAUUUAAUUAAAAUUGGGAUACAGUUUUGUGGUGACAUAGCAGGCAAAAUGCCUGGCAGCAUUUUGCCCUGCUAUUCUCAGUGAUGUAAGCUCCUGCUGCAUUGCAAGGUGUAGCUGGAAUGAGAUUUAAAACUGCCCUUUACACAAUGAACUGCAGGUCCCAGCAACCUGGGCCCAUAGAGCCAGUGGUGACGAAUGCUAGGUGUGGGUUCAAGAACAUCUGAAGAGCCAUAAAAUUCUCACUCUUGUCUAUAUACUGUUGAAUGGUCCAGGGAAAAGCUGUGCAACCUUAGCUUAUACACUGGGAGCCUUUAUUAUAAUCCUUCAUAUUUAUAUUUGUUAAACUUCUCUCUUCCUGUCUUUUGCAGCAAGACAUGACAAUUCUAUCACACUGCUUUAAAAUAAGUAUGUAACAGAUUACUGUGGCCCUACCUAAUAGCUCUAGAUAGAAGUGUGUCAUCUCAAGUUUAUACUCCUUUCCUCCCAUUUCAAAGCUAUUCAGUCUAUUCCCUUUUCAUCCCUACAUUUUUCAGAUUUUAAAAGAAGUGACUGUGGUAAAAUUAGUAAUAGUGUUUACCUUGCCUCUCAAACAGUUACCAGUCCAUGUUUUUGGUAAUAUAGUUGUCCAUCCAUAUCUGUUAGUAAUUUGUACAGCAUGGAGAAAUACUAUAGCAUUUUAGCAGCCUGAAGGGAGAAAAACCCAAAAGAAAAUGUUUUUGACCUUUUGUCUUUCUUCUGGAAGAUGCUUCUUCCUUGCCAUAGGCAAUAAACUACAGCAUGGAAGUGCUGGAGUUCAUAAAAGCAGAUUAGGCCCUACUGCCUAGAAAGAGGUACUAGAACAUCAAAGUGGUAGAAGAAAAUGGAUCAUUUUAGACAACUGUUGAGGGUACACUUAAAAUAUUCCCUUACACAAAUCAUCCCUUGAAUAAUUUUUAUAAAAUUAGCAUAGCAUGGAGAAAUACAAUAGCAAAGUUUGCCUUCUACUAUGCUAGUUUUCUAAUUACAGGGAUGAUUAGGGGUUAAUUAGUAAACUGAAAUUAACAUUAAACGUGGUAUCUGCCUUCUUUCUGAACUGGCACUGCCACUUCUAAGAAUUCAUGUCUCAGAGACAGUCCAGGUUUCCAUUUCAACAACUUGCUCCACUGUUUCUGGGGACAGUGAGUUUGCCUUUUAAUCUUGAUACAUUAUCUACUUCCAAGACAUUUCAAAGCCUCUUAUUCAUUGGACCCUCACAGCAAAGUUAAAUAUGCAAUAGCUACACCAGUUAAAAGCUUGUCCAUUUGUUUAAAGAAUUUGAUAUUGACUGCAUUGUAAGAAAUGUUAUAAUGUGAGGUGUGAACUCCUGAGUAUAAAUUAUUAUAUGUGAACUCGCUUCUUUAUCCAACUUCAUAAAUGUGUUAGAAUCUGAGGGCCCAGGUAUCACUACAGAAGAGGCAUGCAACUACUGAGUAUGUUAUUUUAAUGAAAUCAUAAUUUUGAAUCUUGCCACAGACUCCCAAUUUUCCAAUCCAAUUAUGUAAAAAAAAGAAAGAAAAUAAACCUAUUUUAUUCUUAA